AUGCUGAAACUGUUAUCAUCAGUCUGUAACUACAGAUCUUUUCCUUAUGAAACGACUGACAGCGUUAAUCAGAGUGAUUUUCUGCUGGAUCUUUACUCACAUGUGAAGAACUAUGAGACUCAAAAAGGCAGGAGUUUUCUUCCAGAAUUACAGUCAGUUUUUCAGUCACCUGAUGUCUGGAUCAUAGAUCUCUCACAGAGAAAGAUCUCUGUCCUCCUGGAAGUGCUCAAACUCCAAACAGAGAAGAAACCAGUAGAGCUGAGAGGAUGUUCAGAGCAAGAGAGUGAAAUGAAGAGUUUCCUGCAGGGUCUGCCCUACAUCUCACAGCUGAGGUUUUGGAUCGAUGAUGAAGAAAGAACAUCUGCAGUAAGAUUCCUGCUGAAUCUCAGCGCCUCUGCAGUAAGAAAUGACACAAAUACAGGAACAAAAUUCUCUUCUUUGCUAUCAUCUGUGUGCAGUUACAAUACCUUCCCUUUUGGUGAAGAAUGGGAUGAUUAUAUUGCUGUUGAGCAGAGUGAUUUCCUGCUGGAUCUUUGCUCACAUGUGAAGAACUAUGAGAAUCAAACAGGCAGGAGUUUUCUUCCAGCAUUACAGUCAGUUUUUCAGUCACCUGAUGUCUGGAUCAUAGAUCUCUCACAGAGAAAGAGCUCUGUUCUCCUGGAAGUGCUCAAACUCCAAACAAAGAAGAAACCAGUAAAGCUGAGAGGAUGUUCAGAGGAAGAGAGUGAAAUGAUGAGUUUCCUGCAGUGUCUGCAACACAUCUCACAGCUGAGAUUUUCUUAUCAGAGUGAAAGUGUUCAGAGAAGAUUUCUUCUGAGUCUCUUCAUUAAAGCAGCAGAGACUGAGACACAGACAGGAGAGCAGAUGCUGAAACUGUUAUCAUCAGUCUGUAACUACAGAUCUUUUCCUUAUGAAUGGACUGACAGCGUUAAUCAGAGUGAUUUACUGCUGGAUCUUUACUCACAUGUGAAGAACUAUGAGACUCAAACAGGCAGGAGUUUUCUUCCAGCAUUACAGUCAGUUUUUCAGUCACCUGAUGUCUGGAUCAUAGAUCUCUCACAGAGAAAGAGCUCUGUCCUCCUGGAAGUGCUCAAACUCCAAACAGAGAAGAAACCAGUAGAGCUGAGAGGAUGUUCAGAGCAAGAGAGUGAAAUGAUGAGUUUCCUGCAGUGUCUGCAACACAUCUCACAGCUGAGUUGUUCUGAGCAGUAUUUGUUAACUCUAGUUAAACUGGUCCAGUUCAGAGAGAAUCUACAGCUGGUGCCUUCACUGCUUGAGGUUCUUGGCUUCUCUGUAAGUCUGGAAGGACAAUUGUUUGGAAAGUCAUGCAGGUCUGUUUGGGGAGUAUUGUGUUUAUGUUUUUGGGGAGUUUACCUCAGUCUAAAACCUAAAGCCAUCUCUGUCAGAGGAACAAGGCUUCUCUUCAGACACAUCACAAACAUGCACACACUCAGACUGAGUGGUUAUAUGGUGGUGAGAAUAGCGCAGGCAUUGCAGUCUAUGAGGGUUCGAGCUCCCAUCGCUGUUAAUGAACUCACACUUGAUCCAAAUGAUAAACAGCUGUCAGAGAGGAAUCUGUCCAGGAUCGUGAGCAGUUUGGCCAUCCUUCUGAGACUCUGGACUGUCCAGUGUUGGAACUUGACUGAAUACAAGAUUCAGUCUGUUUCUGUGUCUGUCCUACUGUGUCAUCAGGGACCUGUGAUUCUCAGACCAUCAAAGGAGACUCUCCAGAAUCUGGUCGAAUGUGUCUAUGAAGCUCAGGAAGAAGAACUGACUCAAUGCUUCCUGCAGAAAGUGGGUGGAGAUCUGACUUCCUGUUCUUUAAACUGGGAAGAGCUUCAUUAUUUCUUGCAGCACAAAAUUCAACUCAUCUCUGUGGACUUCAGAAAGAGCAACAUUCAAUGCAGCAUCAAUGAAAUCCUGCCAUUUCUAAACAGGAUUAAGUUUAAACGGAUGAGCUCUAGCUUCAUGCUGUCUGUGAUCAGAGAGAUCUAUGAGUCCGGCUCUGUGGGUUUUGUGUCCGGUCUGUUGAGUUCAGUGAAGAACUACCUUAAUCUGCAGAGCAGAGAGCUGGACUCUGUUCACUGUGCGGCCCUGCGCCUCACACUGCAGCACUGCACUGCAGUUUCACUCAAUCUACAGUGGACCUCCAUACCAGAGGAAGAGCUGGAGAGCAUUCUGCUUCUCUUCACACAUGUCUCCCAUCUCAGUGUUGACAGGCUGCUGUUACUGAAGAUGCUUCACUGCUGCAGUGUCUCUGGUGUCCAGCAGGAGGCAGCAGCAGUUCUGCUCUCCAUCCUGCAGCACGAGCUGGACUUCUCCUGCCGUUCUGCUCUGGAUCUGACAACAAACACAGACUUAGAGCCUCUACAUCUGACCAUCGACGACUGCCGUGUGAUGUCCAGAGUCAUUCAGAGAGCUCAUUCAGACACAAAGACACAGCUAAUUCUUCAGGACUGUGAGAUUAAUACAGCUGGAAUGGAUCAGCUGUCCCCAGUGUUACAUUCUGUUCAACUCUGCUGUGAUAAAUCUCUGCUGCUUGUUCAAUUUUGUGGAUGUGUGAGGUUGAUUCUGGAAUAUUCUGAAGGACUGACAGAACUGGAUCUGAGUCAGUGCCGUCUCACCGAUGACAGUCUGGAUCUGCUGCUCCCAAACCUCCACAAAGCACAGAACAUUGAUUUUAGUGGCAAUAGUAUCACUGACAAUGGAGCUAAGAAAAUCUACAGUAUCGUCACUCACAACAGCAACAUAAAGACAGUAAGGCUCUUUAACAACAGAAUUGUAUUUAAAGAGCCCUUCCGCACAGACCCACGAUUUGAGAUCUGGUGAUGUCAAUGAACUCUCAACUCUCUGGAAUCAAGGAGCAGGUGAAAUAACCAGUGGGGAAUAAUAAGGUAACAGCUGUAAACACUCUUUGAGGAAUAAGAGUCCCAGAGAUGAAUCAAGCCGCCCGAUUGUAAACAACAUUCAUUUUUAUCAUCACUUUCAAUUAUAAUCAGCAGUGGGUUUCUGUUGCAUUAACUGUGUUUUGUGAAAUGACAUCAAUCUCCUUUGUUAACUGUCUUUCCCCUUUUCCUAUUUUUUUUUUAU